AUGUCCGCGUCCACGUCGGCCGCGGCCCUCGCGCCCAUCGGGCGGCGCGCGCGCGCGCGCGGCUCGACGCGCGCGCGUCCGCGCGCGAAUGCGCGCGUCGUCCGCGCCGCCAUCGCGGAUCCGCCUUCUUCGCCAAAUACGCCCGCGCGAUCCGACGCGGAACUCCGCGCGGAGCAAGCGCUCCUCGCGGGCGACGACAGCGACGGCACGAUCGCCGGGUUCACGAAGCUCGAGUGGAGUUGCAUUCAGACCCCGGCGAGGUACCUCGGGAACGAGAUCGGCGCGGUGCACAAGCCGUGGACGGAGGCGGAGGUUCGGUUCGCGAUGGCGUAUCCGGAGAUCUACGAAGUCGGCGCGUCGAAUCUCGGGCACGUCGUGCUGUACACGAUCUUGAACGACCAGCCCGGGAUGCUGUGCGACCGCUCGUACCUCCCCGGUCCGGACAUGGAGGCGCUGCUGAAGGCGAAGAACCGGACGCUGUUCGCGGUCGAGAGCAAGCGGCCGUUGACGCACUUCGACGCGCUCGGCAUGUCCCUCGCGUACGAGCUGUCGUCGGUGAAUCUGCUUCAGGCGCGUUCUAUACACUGGUCCCCAUACGACCCCAUGAUGUCUCUGUCCGGGGUGCCGCUGACGUGGCGGGAACGGGACGAUAAGCCGGACGAGCCGUGGGACGUGGAUGACGGCUCGUGGCCGUUCGUUUUCAUCGGCGGACCGACGGCGACGAGCAACCCGGAGCCCGUCGCGGAUUUCGUCGACUUCGUCGCGCUCGGCGACGGCGAAGACGUCAUGCCGGAGAUCGGCGAGUCGAUCAAAAAGAGCAAGCGCGAGGGCCUCAACCGCGAGGAGACGCUGUUCCGGCUCGCGACGGAAGUCGUCGGGAUAUACGUCCCGCGGUUCUACGACGCCCCGAAAGGCUGGGGCGGCGCGGUGUUCCCGACGCGAGAGGGCGUCCCUCCGCGGUGCCUUCGCCGCGUCGCCGACCCCGAUCCGUCCAUGCAGAUAGGGUUGGUCCCGUACGUCUCGACCGUGCACGACCGUCUCACGGUGGAGAUUCGCCGCGGAUGCACGCGAGGGUGCCGGUUCUGUCAGCCCGGGAUGCUGACGCGGCCGGCGCGGGAUGUUCCCCCGGAGAAGGUGAUCGAGGCGGUGGAGCGAGGGAUGCGGGACACCGGGUACAACGAAUUUUCGCUGCUGUCGCUGUCGUGCUCGGACUACCUCGCGCUGCCGUCCGUGGGUUUAGAGAUCAAGAACCGACUCAAGGACGAGAACGUGACGCUGUCGCUGCCGUCGCAGAGGAUCGAUCGGUUCGACGACUCCAUCGCGGACAUCCUCGGCGGCGCCGGGAAAGCAGGGUUGACGUUCGCGCCCGAAGCCGGGACGCAGCGGCUCCGAGACAUCGUCAACAAGGGCUUGACGAACGACGAACUGUUACACGGCGUUCAAACCGCGUACGACCGCGGGUGGAGGAACGUGAAACUGUAUUUCAUGAUCGGGCUGCCCGGUGAAACCGACGCGGACGUGCUCGGGAUCGCGGAGACGGUGGCGUGGCUCAUCAAUACCGUCGCCGGGAACAAAGCGCGAAAGCGCGACCGACUGAGCUUGACGCUGACGCUGUCGAAUUUCACCCCGAAGCCGCACACGCCGUUCCAGUGGCACUCCGUCUCCACGGACGAGUUCGAGCGCAAGGGGACGCUGCUGAAAGAAGCGCUCAAGAAGAUCCCGGACGUGAAGAGCAACUGGACGAGCAUUCGCAUAUCGGCCAUGGAAGAUUUCAUCGGGAGAGGCGAUCGAAGUCUCUGCCCGGUGAUCAAACGCGCGUGGGAGCUCGGCGCGCACAAGGCGACGUGGUGGGACGGCCAGGACGAGUCGUUCCGGUCGUUCGACGCGGCGAUCGAGGAAGCCGGGCUGACGUGGCGGUACCGCAAAGUCGUCAACGGCGAGUGGGACGUCAUGGAGAAACUCGGGGACGGAGACUACAGAGGCCAGGGCGGCGGCGGGAAAGGCCGCGUCGACCGCGGCGCGCUCGCGGACGAGCGCCUGGACGCGCCGCUGCCGUGGGACCACAUCGACACCGGGAUCAGUAAGUGGUGGUUGAAAACGGACCUUCAGAAGGCGUUAGAAGGAAUCACCGUCCCGGAUUGCUCGCACUCCGGGAUUUGCACCGAAUGCGGCGUCUGCGGGGACGAGUUUGGCGAAAACGUCGUCGCCGCCGUCCCGCCGGUGCCAACCUUCGGCGGACACUACGAGCCCGACGGCCGACGCACGCAGCGCCUGCGCUUCCGGUUCACGAAGGACGGCAAAGAGAGCUUCAUCGGGCACCUCGACACGCUGCGGUUGCUCGAGCGCGCGGCGAGACGGGCGGCGCUGCCGGUGAGCAUGACCAAGUCGCCGUACAGCAGUCGGCCGCGCAUCUCCACGGCGAUGGCGUUGCCGCUGGGCGCGUCGAGCGAAGCCGAGAUGAUGGAGAUCGUGCUCACGGAGCGCAGAGACCCGGAGGAGGUGAAGGCGUCGCUCGGGAGUCAGCUCCCGGCGGGGAUGCGGCUGUUGGAGGAAUCCAUGAACGAGCUUCUGACGCACGCGGAGUUUUUAGUGCACGUGGCGCUCCCGGGGGCGGUAGCCAAGCCGGGCAUCGCCACGGGCGGCGUCGGCGGCGAAGCCCCGAGCUGGGACGUCGAAGGCGGCGGAGGGUUUUUCGACGCCGGUAAAAACGGCGACGGCAUCCCCGACGCGGAGAUCGACCACGACGACGCGGAGUCCGCGGAAGCCGCCGCCGCCGCGGAGGCGGAAGCCGCGGCGGAGGCGGAAUACGCCCAGUCCGUCACCGCGGAGGACUGGAAGACCUGGGUCGCCGCCGCGCUCGCGAAGGACUCGUUCACGAUCACGAAGACGAGUAAAAAGGGCAACGCGCGAACGGUCGACCUCCGCCCGCAGCUGCUCGAGCUCUCUCACCUCGAUCAGCCUUCGAUCGACGCCGCGCUCGGCGGCCGGCACAUCCCGAUCCCGCCCACGCCGCAGCCCGGGACGGCGCUGCUGCGGUUCAAGGGCGAGUACACCGGCGCGGGGGGGCUGUCCUGCGACGGCAUGGCGCGAAUGCUGUCCUCGGCGGCGGGGAAGACGAUGACGGUGCUGCACACGCACCGCGUCGGGAUCGGCCUCACGGAGCCGAGCCCGCCAAAGGUGGACAAGCUGUGGCUGGAUAACAUCGUCCGCGCGGAGGCGUUCAUGGGCCUCGAGCGGAUUUGGGACCCCGCGAGCGGGGUGAACAACCGCGGGCACAUGGGACCGAGCUCGGCGGGGGACCGGAUCGAUAAUCACAAGGCGUACAGGCCGGCGGAGGUGGCGGAGACGGCGGAUGAGAAGAAGAAGCCGCCGCCGAAGCAGAAGAGCGCGAGAGCCCCGGGGAGGAACGAGCGGUGGAAGAAGAAGUGAGCCGGCGAGCGAGCGAUUGAGCGAGCGAAACGCACCGCGCUCGUCGGCGCUCUCGUUGUUAUAUUACAAAGGUAGUAGGUACUGUAUC